GGACACGCCCACAUGCGCUCGCAGCCGGCCUGCAUGGAAUGCGCGACUCGAUCCAGCGCAUCUCAGCAGCAGCGCCAUCAGUAGUAAAGGAGACGCGGCGAGGGAAGAUAGAGAACAUGGAGAGAGCCACCAGUAUGUACAAACCCGUGGCUACUUGGGAUACGGAUGACGUGGUGGCGUGGAUACAAGGUCUAGGAGAAUGUCUCUCCUUACACGUGGCACAAUUCAAGGCCCACAGCAUCUGUGGCUCAGACCUCCUGAAACUCAACAAGCAACAGCUGGAAUACCUCAAAGUUAAUCAACUGGGUCAUCAGGAGCUAUUACUGGAGGCUGUCGAGAGACUAUCGGCGUUGGACCUGAGCUGCUCCCAGAACCCCACCAUGAGUCUAGUCAGCACUCUCUCCAAGAAGGCCUCCCAACUCAUCACGACCCUCGACCCCUCCUACCAGCGGUCGUCGCCGUCGGCAACCAGGUCCGGUUCCGAGAUCACCGCCGGAAUCCUGGAACUGUCCCAGGUUGACGUGGCGGCGGACGUCAUGACGGCAGCGCGCAGUCUCAUCAACUGGUUGGACCGGAACUCCACCAACCUGGUCCUGGACUACGACGAGUUCCGCCAGGUCAUUCUGAAGGACGCUCUCGAACUUUCUACAAUACCACUACAGGAAGAAUUUGAUGAACAGAAAAUGCUGGAAGCAUGUCGGAGAAUUUUGAAGCAGACUCAGGUUUUUAUGUCUCCCGAGAACUUUGCCGCCGUCGAACCAAUCAAACUACACAUCAUUCUCCUCACACCUUCUCCCGAGAAGGGAUUGGUCAGUUUGAAUUUGAAUUGCUGUAUAUAUAUAUAUAUAUACCCGGUGAUGUAAUGAUGAUGUCACUCUCUCAGGGCAUGUCACUCACGAGAACAAAACAGGGAAAUCUGGUUGUAAACAAGAUUCGUCCUGAGAGUCCUGCUUCCGAGUGUGGCAAGAUAAGACUGGGAGAUGAACUGGUUCAGAUCAACUCCCAGAAUGUGGUCGGGUGGGAGGUCCUGUCAGUGGUAACGCUGCUGGUAGCCAGUGGUUCAGAGAUAGUUCUGAUCAUGAAGGCUGGGCUGCUCCACGCUCAGGAAGAAAAGGCUGACUCGGAGGAAAUUGACGAAGGGUACCCCCAACCUGACGAAGGGUACACUCAACCAGACGAGGAACCCACCAAUGGGAUUGCUGCAGAGGAGUCAUGUGACAGUAUAGACUGCCUGGCCGGGAGCAGCAGUAACAGUCUCGAUCGAAUCCGGCAACCCAGCAUGAGUGCCGAGUCAGAUUCCGAUAUCAGCAGUCCCGACGUGGUUCCAAUGCUUCGGAAGGAUCUCCAGCGAACGGCUAGUAACCCUCUCCUGGAUGGUAACGGGGUGGGCGGGGCAGUGGGCGGGGCCAGGAGAUUGUCUGAUAAUAUGGAGGAGACCGAUGGUGGACCUCAUCACUGGAGGAAUAGACACCCAUCAUAUGAGGCACUGCUACAGAGAGUAUCCAGUGACCAGGACUCCAUCAGAUCAAAGGAAUCCGAUGGGCAGAAGCCAGUGCUUCAGGUGGCGUACAGGACACAGGUAGUAGGGGGUGUGGUCAUGAGAGUCCCGAUCAAGGAAGAUUCUGCGAAUCCCAAGUCCAAGAAGAGAGGGUCUGGUGGCAAAAAGCCACCUAAGGGCGGCAAGAAGCAUAAUCCUCCUACUCCAUCAUCUCCAGUGGAUGGAGACAACAAGGGUGGUAGUGUAGUGUUCCACGAUCCUAAGGAGAUUGUUGUCGACGGACAUACCACUAAACAGAUUACACUCACCGGAACUGGAGAACCUCAGUUCACCAGCAAGGAUUCCCCGGCCACCAGUAGCAAGAAGUCCAACCCCGCUCUCCUCGUCCCCUGUUUCCAGUUGAAAGACGUCGACCACGAGGGGUGGAUGAACAAAAUGGGAGGCUCCGGAUUCACGCCGAAAAACUGGCGCAGAAGGUGGUUUGUGCUCAAGACCGGGAAACUCUACUACUACAAGACCUCCUUUGAUGUCAGUGCAACCGGUAUUGUUGAUCUAACUGGCUACAACAUCGAGGCUGCCACUGACACCAAACGGAAAAAUUGUUUCAGAGCUGUCCAGGAGGGAAUGAGAACGUACUACUUCCAGACCGACACUUCAGAGCAGAUGCUCGCAUGGAUGCAGAAGCUCUCUACAACAUGCAGGGCUCUGGCUGCUUCGUAUGUGCGACCCUCACAGUCACAGUCCAUUGAUGAAGCCCAGUCAGAAGACGAACUGUCUACCUGAUGAUUACAUCAUAACAAGAGCCAUUAUCUACGUCAUCUAUAACUUCAUUUAUACCUGUUUUCCACUGCAACAACAACAUGUUAUUCAUUCUUUCUCAACCAAUUAUCGGAUGUGUAAACCUUAUCAGACCUGUAAGCCUUUUUUGUGUGAGAGCACUUCAUUUUCAUUUUGACCCCUUUAUCAAGAAAUUUCAUCAUCACGAUUAGAUUGCUGCAUUUUCAUUUUGUAUUCAUCAAUUUUCUUCACGAUGGUGACUUAUGCGAAACGCCCCGCGGGGCCAGACGUUGCGAAUUACGUUUACAGUAACGUUACGUUAAUUAUUAAUUACGAAAGGAUCCCCAGUAGUGAUUUGUUCUGUUGAAGUUGCGACUAAGUCGGUGCCGUUUCGUAGAUGAUGGAUCAUCAGCUACGAAUUGAGGGGUCUUUCGGUUUCAGCAACGUUCAGCUCGUAAAGUCGGAGGAGAACUCCCUGGGGAUGGGU